GGUGGUGAAUUAAUUUUAUUCGUGUACUGUGCUUCACUCCGUAUCGGUUAGGUUCACUUUUUGAUGGAUUUUUCCCGAGGAAAUACACACGCUACCGGGCGAUGUCUGUGGUUUGUGGGAAUCCUGACGAUCCUUGCCAUCUCACAAACAGCGGGAAAUAUCUUCGCCAACUACAAACGCUGCAACAACGGUAAUGGCAUUUGCGUGAAGCGCGAACAGUGCCUUAACGGACAGAUUAAUACCGUCGGUCAUGGUGUGUUCGAACCGAGGAUGCUUUCUUCGGAUGAUUUCGACGAGUGCAACGGGUACGGUGUGAGGUGCUGUGGUUUACCAUCCUCACUUGAGCCUGACAGUGGCGAGUCGUUGGCUACCACUUCGACCGAUACCACUACCACCGAAGAACCGGAAGAUCCGGACUGGAGCCGUCAGUGUGGUCAACGAACGGAUGUAUCGGAACGUAUCGACCAGGAAACCGAAACUAAUCGCUUUGAGUUUCCGUGGAAUGUGGCCCUGUUCAGUGUUACCAAGAUUCUGGGCAAACGACGCAAGGAGUUCCUUUGCGGUGGCACUUUAAUACACGAUGAUAUGGUUAUAACGGCAGCGCGAUGCGUUCAUCAAAAGAAUCGAGCCACCCUUAUGGUAGAGCUAGGCAGAUGGGACUUGGAUGCUAGUCCAGAGCCUCGUACUCAGGAAGUAGCCGUAGAGCAACUAAUCAUCCACCGUGAAUACGUUUCAUCCAGUCAAGUCAACAAUAUAGCUCUGCUGAUACUAGCAAACGGAGUACACCUAGGGCGAGCGGCAAAUCGUGUGUGUCUUCCAGAUCAUAACCUAAACUUUGAUUCUGACUCGCUAUGCUAUGUGGUAGGCUGGAGUAAUUUCCCUUCACCCAAUACUCCAAAUCGACAGCUGAAACUACGCUCGGCCUUCGCAAAUGCGCAGGAAUGUACCGAUUCUAUUCGACGUGCGACCAACACCUGGGAGUUCCGCCUGCCAACGAAAAACAUCUGCCCAAUGUAUUUGGAUAGCACUGUACCCUGUGAGCGAGCGCCUGGGUCAGGGCUAGUCUGCGAAUUGGAUAAUAUCGAGGGGCAAUACUUUUUGGUAGGCAUAGCAUCCUACGCGGUGCGAAAUUGUUUCCAAUUCCGGGCGCACGAUGUUUUUCUGAAAGUUGCUGACUACAUUACAUGGAUCGAUGAUCAUGCGAAGAAUCAAAGUCGGGACAUAAGUUUCUAUCGACCCGAUCCAACCAGCUUCGAAUAA